CAAAUUUUUCAUUAUAUGGACACAAAAAGAAAAUGUUUUCAUUGAAAACACAAUUGAAUCUUGUAACAAAACAAACCUUCAUACAAUCGGUUCGAUAUGGACUUAAAUAUAAACGAAAAGAACCAUUUCGUAAGCCAAUUUGGCAGCCUAUUGCUCCAUCUAAAUUAUAUCGUAUUCGAAAAAAAGAAGAAAUGUCUGAACAAGAAAAAAAACAACGAGAACAUCUUGAAUAUACUUAUAAUGUAAAUAUAAAAUCAAUCAAACAAUUUUUACAUCAAGAAUUCUAUUUACCAAUUGUCAAUGCUGAACAAGGUGGAUCGAAUGAAUUCGUUCAUGAAGAAGAAGAAUUGGAAAAAGCUAUGAUUGAAAAUGAUCGUGAAAAUCAACGGGUAGCAGCAAUGCGUGAGGAACGAUUGAAAUUAUUUCAACAGGAAUUGGAUGCAAAAAUGAUGGCAAUGAAAAUUCAACAAGAAGAAGAAAAACGUCAGAUUGGCGAACAAUUUGAUCAGAUUGUUAGUCAAGAAAUCGAACGAUCCAAAACGUAUAUAACACGAGAUAAUAUUGAUGCCAAGAUUGAUGAAGUUCUUACACAUCAAACUAAUUAUGAUUAUGCUAUCGAUGUGAAUGGUAGAAUCAUCUUCGAUGGAUCAUUACAUCCAUAUGCAUUACGACCUAAAGCUGUACCUGAAACUAGUAGCCAAACUGACGAAUAUCAGUCAUUAGAUUCGAAAAAACCUGUUUAUUUGAAAGCGAAAAAACUUUUCUAAAUUUUAAAUCUGAAAAUCUGAUUAUUAAAUAUUGUAAAAAAUA